CAUGCCUCCUGGGAUGGAAACUACGAGGAAAAAAACCCGAUCAUACGAAUAUACAGUGGAAAGUAUGGCCAGAAGCAUUUACGACCAUUUAUUUCCUAUUGGCUUGGCUCCUCCAUUUGGGGCUACCUCUUUGGCAUAGGACUAGAAGGAUAGAUUGCAAGAAACCCUACCUCAAUCUCCAACUACUCCGAUCGGAAACCGUAAAGGUGGAAACUUGCUCACAUUAGAUGCAUUUCUCAGAAGGGGCGUUUGAAGGAGUAAGCCAAGAGGAAGGAUUUCUUUGGAUUGAAGGGUCUGUAAUUCUUCCUCCAUAACCCAAUUGCAAUCCCUCGCCCUAGUCCAAUCUCGAAACUUUUCUCCCUGGAGUCGUCAAAGGUGGUUCGUUUACUUCUUGAGUUUGGUUCUUCUGGUCUGGAAGAGUUCAGAGGAAGAGAAAAGAGGUAGCUUUUUUUUUUACUCUCUUUGAAGCGCCGUAGGGAAAAAGGUUUGUGGCUUUUAGAUCACAGGAGAAGAAUUAAAUAGAAAAAGGAGGAGAUUUUACUGGAAAAAAGGGAUUCUGUCAAGAUGCCGAUUUGGGAGUUUGGCCUGGUUUCCUGGCUCAACAAGAAGAUUGUCGAUCCUCUGAAGCAAAUAGUCAGAAGGGGUGCAGAACCAAAGCAAUUGGCAUUUUCCACUGCUCUUGGCCUGACAUUGGGAGUGUUUCCCAUAUGUGGAACAACAGUCUUUCUCUGUGGAAUGGCUCUUGCAUUGUUUGGAAAUCGUUGCCAUGCUCCAAGUGUAAUGCUUGCUAACUUUGUGGCUACUCCAAUUGAGUUGAGCCUGGUGAUACCCUUCUUGCGCCUUGGUGAAGUCAUCUCCGGUGGUCCUCAUUUCCCAUUGACAUCUGAUGCACUGAAAAAGGUGGUGACAGGCCAAGCAUCAUGGGAAGUACUACUCAGUGUACUCCAUGCGUUGUUGGGCUGGAUCAUUGCUGCACCAUUUAUUCUUGGCAUGCUCUACACUGCCUUUGUUCCUUGUUUCAAGUUUCUGGUUCACAAGUUCGGCGGCAUUCCCUCAAGCCCGAAGAAGGAUGAAGACAAGCACAAGGUGAGGGAUGUCUAGUUCUACAAAUUCGAGGAGUGAAAAGGAUGAGGCAACUCCCUGAAGAGAUCUGAUCGCCAGCAUAACAUCUCUGUAUAUAUGCUUCUGUUCCAGCCAGGUGGUGUGCUGUUAUUUUCUUGCAUUCCACCCUCAGAAUAGGACAUAUCAAUUUAGAUAAAAAGAACCGUAUCGUGUCUUCACUUGUUGGUGUAAUGCGUAUCAUUUUAAUCGAUCCAAGCUAGGGUAAACCUGCGAGUAAAAUGGCCUCUCCACUGGUUCAAUGGAUGCCAAUUAUGUGGUGGUGGGGGUCAUUUGUUGUAUUUCAGUUACUGGACUCUUACAAUGCAAGGUGUUUCAUAUGCUCGCUAAUUUUAGUGCAUGCAUGAUGAGCAUGACUCAUUUUAUCUGAAAGCUUAUAGUAUUUGAAAUUUUUGAAA